ACAUUCGAGGAGUAAGACGUGAAAACGGGAUCGUUAGCAUAGUUUCUUCCCGCCGAUUCCAUCGUGGACGGUUGCUUCCAGUUCAGCGCGCACAUGCUGAUACAUUAUCGUUUGUGUUCGGAGGAUUUUGCUAAACGAAAGAGUUGCUAAAGUAUUGUUCCUAUAUCGCGCUCAUGGCUGGAGAGUGAGAGCAGCCGAGCGAAGUGAAGUUAAGAAUAAUAAUAAUAGUAAAAAUAAUAAGUUGAUGGCAAGAAGCACACGGUAAAUGUGUGGCAAAAAUAAGUCUGGCGAAAGACUUGAAGCUCUCGAAUGCAUGAUAAAGUAAAGAAAAUAUAUGAAUAUACAUGUGGAAGUAAGGCUGAGGAAAAGUGAACGAAAAAAAUCAUUUAUAUACGACGAAGAAGAACUAAUCAAAACACACUGAAAUAACAACGAUACAUAUUUUCCUUCUACAAAGUCUCCAGUGAAGUUGAAAGAAGCGGAUAAAAGAAGAUAAGUUUGAGCAAAGGAAUUCGGAUAUUUGAAGCAAGCCAAAACGAAAUGCAAAGAUCCUGAUUCGAAGAACCUGUGUGUGGAGUAGGUUUGUGAAUGUGCAUCGCCGCAGUCGGCUCAAGUUUUGAGAGGAAUAAAAAAACAGAAGAUUUGUGUGUGGGAACGUAAACUUAAAUGAGCCAAACGGACACAACAUGAGUAAAGUGCUGUGAAGUGAAAAAGACAAUUCAUUACAUCCCGUUCUGUCGGGACAACGCACGCAAGUAUGAUGAUGGAGGAAGCGAAUUUCAUGCUGACUGAAAUCCCUGGUGGAUUUAUAUCUCACCGACCACAUGCAAUACAUCGCUUCGCACCGUAUCCGUUACAUCAACCGCAUCUGCAACCGGCGCCGAUCUACAUCCACCCUCAACCGCGGGUGGUAAGUCGACCAAAAACGCCUCCCACGCCGCCACCACCGGAAGGAACACACAUCGGACAUCUGUAUCCGGAGAUUCUAGCCAUCAUAUUCGAAAAGCUCAGUGUGAAGGAUCGUGGAAAAGCGGCUCAGGUAUGCACGGUGUGGCGCGAUGCGGCUUAUUCGAAAAGCUGCUGGAGGGGUGAGGAAGCCAGCCUUCACCUGAAGCGACCGUCACCCAGUUUGUUCACAUCGUUGGUAAAGCGUGGCAUCAAAAAGGUGCAAGUGCUUUCGGUAAAACGGUCGUCGCAAGUGAGGGAUGUUGUUGUUGGUAUACCAAAUCUAGAAUCGUUAAAUCUUAGUGGAUGCUAUAACAUAACUGAUAUUGCAUUAGGCCAUGCAUUUUCCACGGAUCUACCAAAUAUUAGGGUAUUAGAUCUAUCGCUUUGCAAGCAAGUUACCGAUUCCAGCCUGGGGCGUAUUGCGCAACAUUUGAAAAGUAUUGAAAUUCUUGAGCUGGGCGGAUGUAGCAACAUUACCAAUACGGGCUUGCUGUUGAUCGCGUGGGGCUUGAAGAAACUUAAGCGGUUAAAUCUACGGUCAUGUUGGCACGUUUCGGAUCAGGGCAUUGGCCAUUUGGCGGGUUUAAGCAAAGAAACGGCUGAUGGUACCCAUGCCUUGGAGCAUCUUGGUCUGCAGGAUUGUCAGCGUUUAUCGGACGAAGCACUACGACACAUUGCACAAGGGCUGACGUCGUUGAAGAGCAUCAAUCUUAGCUUUUGCGUUUCAAUCACUGACAGUGGCUUAAAACAUCUGGCCAAGAUGACAAAGUUGGAGGAUCUCAAUCUCAGAGCAUGCGACAAUAUUUCUGAUAUCGGUAUGGCGUACCUAACAGAAGGGGGCAGCUCCAUUUCAUCACUGGAUGUUAGCUUUUGUGAUAAGAUUGCCGACCAAGCGUUGGCCCACAUCUCCCAAGGAUUGUUCCACCUGAAAUCGCUUAGUCUCAGCGCAUGUCAAAUAACCGAUGAGGGGCUGGCCAAGGUCGCCAAGUCGCUGCAUCAUCUGGAGACCCUGAAUAUCGGCCAAUGCAGCCGUGUUACCGAUAAAGGAUUGGAAGUGCUAGCUGAAGAACUAAACAAUUUACGUGCCAUCGAUCUAUACGGCUGUACACGAUUAUCAUCCGUUGGAUUAAACAAAAUUUACAAACUACCGAGACUGUCUAAAGUUAAUUUAGGAUUAUGGCAUGUCAGGUGAUGCGUUAGUUUAUUACAAAAAAAUUGUUAAAUUUUAGUUUAUUUUUAUUGAAUUUGUGACUAGGCAUGCGAUAGUAUUCUCUGUUACAGGGAUUUUAGGUGUAAAAUGUAGGAAAAUGUCUUAACUAACGACAUAGCAAAGAGUAUAAUAGAGAAAAAGAAAAUAUAUUCAUAAAUACUCUCAAUACCUAUCUAUCAGAGGGUUGAACGCAACUACUGCUAAAAAUUGGAUAUUAAAUAUUUGCUAUGUUAGCAGACAAAUUAAAUCUCUUUGUACAUAUGAAAGAAAUUAUACGAAAAGACUAUAAAUAAAUCUGGUAUAUUCAGAGUACUGCUGAUAACACCUGUAAUGAAAAAUCAA